UCCUCCUAAUGAAGGUUCCCUCAACAAGUUAUCGAGUAACAUUUUCACAAGUUUUUCUUCUCAUUGUUGAGGCGAAAUGUUUGCAAAGUUAAACUGAAAAAAAGAAAUGCCUACAUAUUUCAAAAUAGAACACAUGGCUAGAUAUUCAGAUUCAACCAGAAAAGCGUGAAGGUUAGGGAAUUUAUUCACUAAUGAAAAUCCAGGAUUUGAUAUUUACAUAUAAUCGCCAAGGCGGAACUGGGAAUUGUUUUUGUGUCGAGUGGCCGGCAUUCAGUUUCCCUGAAAGGAAUUCUUCUAAUUUGCGAUCUUCAUAGAAUGUUAAGUGGCUCUUAUUAUAGUUGGAUUCCUCAAUCAGUGGUAGGAAAUUUCUUGAAAUUCUUGUCAUGUUAGGAUUAGUAUAAUUUCUCAUUUCCUUUUGUUGUGUGUCAACUAUAGUUAAGAGUAUAUAUUUAUGUUUCUUCAUAUAUUCUCUAAUUAUUCAGAUAGACUUUAUAUGGUAGGUAGAUCCUUUUAUUUCAGGAUUCGACUAGUUUCCACUUUCUCUCUCUAUAUAUGAGUCUUUCUAGUUGUGCAAUAUACAUAGACCAUCGUUUCUCCAAUAUAUGUAUUCCUGUUGAUUUUAUGCAUUUCUUUCCAUUUCACAAUGUAUGUUUUCCUUAUUGUCACGAUUUGUCUUUUCCGAUUGAUUGUAAUCUAUAAUACGAAAAAACACAUAUACUAAAAAUUACUUGGCAAUAAGUAUUAAAUUAAGAAAAAAUAGCCGUUGCGUUGUCUGCUUGUGAAAUCUCCUUAAUACAAAUUUUAAACUCAUAGAAUUUGUGUUUUCCUUUCUGGAUUUUAAAAACCCUUCUUGGAUUGUUAUAUACUAACAUUACUGUGAGGCACCUAUAUAAGAGAACCGUUCCCUUUCAUCUUAAGGUCUUCAAAUCGCGUUCUAUCAAGUGUUCACUUCUUUAGCUUGAGACCUUUCAUUUUUAAAAGAUUAUAUUCCAAGUAUUUUCAUAUCAAAGAGAUCAACUUUCAUUCUGAUUCAUCCUUUUGAGGUAAUAUAUGAAUAUAAUUCUUGUCUUCUAAUCGAUUCUUUCUUUCGAUGAUUCAAUGAAUGUUAGGUUCAAUUGUAUCUGCAUACAAGAUAUAGGUAUAAUUAAUUGGAUGAUAUUAUCUGUUCUUAUGGAUCAUGUGUUGACUGGCAUUCCUGAUUUGAAAUGGUUGAAUGAAGUUGUGAAGUUAAUUUAAAUGCGUUUGAUGGAAUUUUCUUCAGUGCAAAGAAUUGCUAUAUGUGAAGCUAUAUAGAAACCAGAAUUUUAGUAUUGUUGUGCAUUUCCUUUUUCAGGCAAGUAGAAAGAUUCAAUGCCAAACAUGAUGUACAUGACUAUUUUCAUUGCUGGUUUUUCUAGACAUGAGGGAUUAAUAUAUGAUAGAAACAGAUAUCAGAUUAUGUCCAAACUUUUGAGCUAUAUUUCAAUAAUGUUCCAGCAUUUGAUAAAUUACAAAUUGAUACCAAUCUUUCAUCAUUUUCACAAUUAUCUCCUGAAUUCCACAUGGCACUCCGGUCUGAAAUGUAAAUGCAUGAGUCACAUGCAUCCAAUGGUGUGUCAUGUGAGAUUUCAGGUCCACGGUAAGGUUCUGGGUUUCAAAUAUGCAAUGACUGCAGAAUUGGAUAGUUUAUUAUUUAGAAGUAAAAAACAAUGAUCGGAUAAAACUUUAUUUUUAAUAUACUUAUUCUUCUAGGAUGGUGUUACAGCAGCACAACACACCAAACUUGGCUCCUUAGCAGCUACAACAGUUUAGGUUCCCCGAAAAGAAUGUAAGUGAUCCAAGAAGUCUUGAGAUCUUCUCUAGAAGGAGUUUUCCCACAGUUAAUUUGGGAAGGGAAGGUGCAUUAAGCAUAAUUAUAGUUCGAAAUGGCUGAAGAAGUUCCAAGGACAACGAAUAAUCAAGCUUUGAGGCGGAUGUCUUCAGAUCAAGAGGAUUGGGAUUCAAUGAAGCGAAACAAGAGAGGAAAAAGCUCUUUUCUGAAGCCACAAGAUUCUAGUUUGUCGAUCUGCAAAAAUCCUGCAUGUGAAGCAACACAAUCCACUGUUCCCGGGUUUUGCAAGAGGUGCUGUUGCUGUAUUUGUUGUCAAUUUAACAAUAUGGACCCAAGCCUUUGUUUGAAAUGCACACCUGAGUCUGGACCAGAAGGUUCCUGUGGCUCUUCCUGUCAUGUUGAGUGUGCUCUCCGACAUGGGAUGGUCAGGAAUGGCUCCUAUACUUGUGCUACAUGUGGUAAAGUUUCCUCAAUAAUUGGAUUCUGGAAGAAGCAGUUAAAGAUAGCUAUGGAUUCCAAGCAUGUUGAUAUCCUGUGCUAUAGGAUAUUCUUGAAUUAUAGGCUCCUCAAGGGUACAUCCAGGUUUUGUGAGCUCCGCAAGUUCAUUGAAGAUAUGAAGACCGCGUUAGAGAAGGAGUUCGGUCCACUCAGUGAAGCAGCGGUCAAGUUUUCCCGUGCACGCACUGGAAGACUUAACAGUUCUGUGCAAGCUCUGUGUAUGCUUGCUAUUCAAAAAGCUGAAGAACUUCAGACUUCAAAUUCCACCUCACUUUUAAAUCUCAGUGCAGAGGGUUCGGUUUCUAAUUCCGUACAUCAAUACAAGAAUAGGGCAGAUGCCAAAUCAGAUUCUAGAGAGAAGCUUGUCCAGAAAAGAGGAAAAGAGCCUCAAAGCGGGGAAAAAUGCAUGGGAGUCGGAGGUGUUGAUGCCAAGACUCUACAGGUUAGACUGCAACUUCCUGAUCUGAACGAGGAGUUUCAGGAGUCCGGUACAAAGACAAGCAUAGCAGCAGUGGAGAAGAGAGAAGGAUUGGAUGAGGACUUUGAAAACAUUGUGAGGAUCAUCCGGGGGCUAGAGCAGGGUGGCCAUGUCAGUAUGGAGUUCAGGUUGAAGUUCCUGACAUGGUUUAGCUUGAAGGCGAGGGAGAAUGAACGUCGAGUUGUCAGAACGUUCAUGACGACUAUGCUCGAUGACCCAAGUGGUCUUGCUGGGCAGCUAGUCGAUACUUUCUCAGCAAUCAUAUUCUGCAACUGACCUUGAAAGUUAUUGCCUGUAGGGUCUGCUGUUUGAGAAUCCUUGCCUAUUUUUUUUGCAGAUUUUAUUCUACUUUUGGUUGGUCCUCGCAUGUUAUGGUUAUGCACAUUUAUGCUGUUUGAGUUA